AUGUCGCAACUAAUCCCAUUCAUGGACACAUUCCAACUGCAGCGCAAAUUUGAAAAGGAAUUGCACAAACGAGGCCUUCAAAUCAAGGAUUCGAUUAAGAAGAAGAGAGAAUGGUUGAAUUCUCAGCUCGCUGAUCCUUCUCAAUCUCUCAGAUUGACUGGUACUGCUGUGCCCAUCCAUCCUGACGGUGACCAAUACUACUAUCAUGAAAAGGAAUCAAAUCUCAUGCUAUGGCCAGGCGAUGGUGACACCAGAAUCGACAGAUUCGAUUGUAGAGCAAGCUUGGACUUUAUUCCACCUGAUAUUCCAAAUGCUGCAGCCGACACGGAUGUAGAUCAAGAUUUAAUACAAUUCGAGCGCUACCGUGACGUCAUUGAAUUGAAACGAGCCGAAGUCGACGAUGAAGCUUUCUUGUCUCAUUUGGACUCUGUAUGGAAUGAAAAGCUGAUGAAGAAGAAACGAUCCUCUCGACUGAUUGAUGCAGAUGAACCACCACUCCCCGGUGAUAUUUUGGAUGAAGACGAAGUUUAUCAAUUCAUGGCCAUCAUGACAGACGAUCAAGUUGAAGCACUGAACGCUUCUGCUUUAGAUUAUGGCAUUCGUAAUAUAAUAUCAAAGCUGAACAGGGCUAAAGAGGAAGCCGACGAUGCCAUCGCGAGGGAAGAUGCAUUAGAGGAAGAAAGGGGACAGAGUAGAAGGAAGACGAAGAAGAAGAGAGCUGAGGGUCCAUCUAAAAGGAGACUAAAUAGACGUGGUUCGUCUGAUCUCAAGGGAGUCGACAUUGAAGAAAAAGACGAAUCUGAUGAGUCUGAUUCUGAAGCUGAUGAUGGAGAAGCUGAAUUUAUUACUGAACUGUCUGUGAGAACUACGGAACUGGCUGAUUCUCAGCCAGGAUUUUUGGACGACGAGGACGAUCGUCCCAACCCACUGCCAAGGUCUGGUCUAACUCCGAUAUUACCUCCAGCACCAACUCUAGCAGCACCUGUAAAGAAAAUGACGGCUUUAGAACGUUUGAAGGAGAGAUCAAGAUUGGCUCUAACCGCAGAAAGUCGACGAGAUGAAGUCAAGAAGCACAUCAAGGAAGUUCAAAAGCAGCAAGAAUCUCAAAUUGAACGUGAUGCUGGGUUUUCAUUAGGAAUAUACAAUCAACCCAUUCGUUCUGUACCAUCAGCCUCAGCUGUAAAUUCUUGGCAUUUGGAUGUGACGGGACGAGACAGAAAGACGGAAGAGAACGAGAGACAUCGCUCUCCUCCUUUUCGAAAGGAUGCUGGACGGCGAUCCCUUUCACCACGUAGUAGAAGGAGGUCUUCGUCACCCCGUAGUAAAAAACGCUCUCCCUCUCCAUCACCACGCAGGAGAAGGCUCUCUCGCUCUCCAUCACCUCUAGUUUCAAAGCAAAGGUCGCCGAUCUUUGAAGAACGAGAGGUCCGUCGACGUUCACCGUCGCCAGUGAGGAGACGUCGCUCCCGAACUAGAUCUAGAUCCAGGAGCAGAAAACGAUCGAAUUCACCUAAUCGUGACAGGAAGUAUCGCUCGACCGAGAAGACCAAAAAGCACCGCCAUCGUUCGAGAUCUCGAUCACGAUCAAGGUCGAGAGAACGUGACAGUGGUCGUGAUCGUGAAAGGAAUCGUGAUAGCAUUGCUGUAUUGAGACGUGGUGGAGCCCAGCCUCCUGUUCAAUGGCUCCAUGGACUGAAUUCGAGGCUAGAACGCAUUCCUGCUUGGAAACUCGUAUUUGGAACCAUGACGUUGGGCUUUUUCAUGAAGCAUAUUUUGCUGUUUCUCUUUCUGCAAGGUCCUGAACCAUUAGCUCGAAUGUACACGCGAAGCUUUUACAGGGCAACGUGGAUCAACACAGCACUUGAUGCUGGCUUUUUGACUGCUAUGAACAUCAGACCGAAACCAUUACGUGAUCUUCUAUCUGUCGUCUUCUCUCUCAUCUAUCUGUUCAACGCUGAAGCUGCUGAUAACAAGCUUCGCAAGUACAGAUCCAUGGCAACAGUGGAAAUGAUGCGAAUGUCAUGGGAAAAAACAGAUAAUCCUAUCAUUCGAAUGGCUACUUGGCCAGAACGCCCAUCGCUUGGAAUACGAAAGGAUAUAACGAUUGAGCGACCUGCCAAAGUUUCUCAAUCGUCGUUUCCAAAUGUACCAUUGCCUGCUAUUUCUGCUAGAGUGUUUUAUGCUGGAACUCCUGCACAGUUGAAGGAGUGUGAAGAUCUCGUUUUUCUGGUUCCAGGUGGCGGCUUUGUUUGCAUGCCUCCAACCUGUCAUGACAAUCAUGUUAGUCAAUGGGCCAAACAAACAAAUCGACCCAUCAUUGCAAUAAACUAUGGCAAGGCACCAGAGUUUCCAUAUCCAUGGGCUCUUGAAGAGCUAUUUGAUGCUUACAAGACUGUCAUUGAAACGAAUGGAGCUUGUUUGGGUAUGGCUGGUUGGGAAGUCGAGAGUGAAGAUGGAAGUAUUCGAAGGAGACAUCCCAUUAGAAUUGUAAUGGCUGGAGACUCCGCUGGAGGAAAUCUCGCAACAGGUGUUAUCCUGAAAUUAUUGGACUUGUCUGAUCCAGACUAUCCACCUCCACGUGGAGUCGUCCUCAUAUACCCAUGUCUAUCAUUCGAUAUGGCAUGCUGGAUGCAGCCAGAUCAACUUCGUAUGAUUCGAGCUGAAUCGAGCAAGUCACUAGUCGAUCUGGCCUCAGCCAAAAACCACUUGGCAAGAGAAUCUCCUCUAGCUGUACCCAGUGCUCCCCGUAAAAUUGAUAUUUUGACUGAUAAAGUGGAUCGUACUCCUUCAUGGUAUCGAUGGAAGGCUGACGAUGAGCCUAAAAAGGGAAUCCAUAUUCCAUCCGCCUUAUCAAUGACUAGUCGAAUGUCGUAUUUUACAGAUCGUAUUAUUGCACCUGAAGUGAUUCGAGCAAUGGCAUUAUUGUAUCUGGGCACAUCACCAUCACCACCAAACUUCCAAGAAGACUACUAUUUGAGUCCUGUAGUAGCUCCAGAAGACUUGCUCGCUCAAUUCCCACAAUGUUAUUUGAUUUGUGGUGAAAAGGAUCCAUUUGUAGAUGAUACGGUUGUUUUUGCCAGUCGUCUAAGGGAUAGCAAGCUACGAGCUCAACGUGAAUUGCGUCGAGCUCGAGAUCGUAACCAUAGAGCGCGAGCUGAAGCUACCAUGGCAUGGCAACAAGCAGCAGAUAACGAACAGUUGCAAUCCAUGACCAGACUGAAUGGAACGAAUGGGGCACUAGUUCCAAGACAACAAUCACCACAAGCCAUAUCCCCUGGUAAAACACAAGGAGCCAUUUUGACUGCAUUGAUUCCUAGUGUGAUUGCCUCCAAUAUUCCAUCUGGAAUACACGAUGAAAUAGAUGCUAGGCUACUGAAACCGAUAAAUAAUGCUAGGACAUGGUUGUUUGGUGGCAAUGGUGGUAAAGAGUACAGUGAAGCUGGUAUAGAUGAUUCGGACGACUCCGAAUCGAACAGUGGCAAUGAUAACGGGUCUGAUAUCUUAAAUGGUGAUCAUAAAUCUGUCAUGCCUCCAUUUAUAGAUACGUCAUUACCGCCGGUCUCCCAGUCAUCAAAUGGGCCAUACACGCCACCAUCAUUCGCUAAUUCACCAGCAAUUAGUGAAGUACCUGAUAUACUAGAUGAAGAUUACGCCAAACACCCAUUCUCUCGUAAUUCGAAUAACUCUGUCCGCUUCAAAAUAUUGGCCGGUAUGUCUCAUGGUAUCUUCCAAAUGGGUGCUAUACUACCUGAAGCUGCACAGGCUGUGAGAUUGACUGGACGAUGGUUUGAUGAGAUAUUUACUGACGAGACACUAGAGUCGACUCUACCAUCCGAUAUCGAACGAGAAAUGACACGUACCGUGAUUAACGCCAUGCAAACACGAGAGCAACCCCACGAGCAUAAUGUAGGCUUUUAUAAUACCAUACCAGCUCAACAUGGAUCUCCUGGAAAUACUCCGACAUCCAUAUUAGCAACAACACGAACCUCUUUGAAUGGACUGUCGAAUGGUUAUGGACAUUCCAAUGGGCACUUGAACCGUCGAGUCCAUUUGGCUGCUGAUUCCUAUAAUUAUCUAGGAUCGACUAGUAGUAAUGGUAAUCUAUCUAACAGUAAUGGCAAUUUGUCCAAUGGUCGAUAUCCUGGAAGUACGAGCAGCACUGGGUUACGACGACCUCCUUCGUAUCGAAACUUGAAUGAAGUUAGCGGAGAAGAAAUACUGGGACGACGACGACACGUUCUCACACAAGACCUCUUUUAG